AUGGCCACAAUAAUGUCCCACAACUUGCCACUGAUACCGCUGCCGCUGAAAGCAUCCCUGGCCAAGGCGGGUCUGAUGAUGCCGGGUGGUCCGGCGGGCGGAUUGCUCGGUGGCAACGGGUUGAGCCUCGAACCGCGCUCACCACCGACCUCCGGUUCGCCGCCCGAGUCGGGCUCACCGGAAGUGGCCGGACCGGGUCGGGAGUCCGGCAAACUGGAGGAGCUGGACGAGACGGAUCGAAUGAGUUGCUGCAGCGACGACAGCGAACUCUCCGUCGGCCAGGAGGUCCCGGAUGAUCUGAGGGCACCGGCGACGGGCGAGGACAUGAGUAACGAUUCGUCGCGCUACUCGAAAGAAGCCGCCGGCCCCGAGCUGGACUUUGUGAGGCUUCAGCAGCAUCAGCACCACCAGCAGCAACAGGCAAUGUUGCGGCCAAGUCCGACCCGGCUACACGAAGAGUUCCUGCGCAACUCGCAACUCUACGCGGAAGAGCUGAUGCGCCAGCAGAUGCAGAUUGUGGCCGCGGCCCGUGGCCUCACGAUGGCCGCGAGUAGCCCGGGGGCCAGCAAGAGCCCGCUGGAAACGACGAUGGCCCGCAGUCCGUUGCCGGGAGGCUUUCGACCGACGACCACGGCAACGACGGCGACAAGGAGCGACCUACGGAACGAGCUACGGAACGAGAUCUACCGCCCCGAGACGGGCUCCCCCGGCGGGGGCGAAGUGGGGUCAGCUUCCGGCAGUAGCUUCCGGGGGAUCCAUUCGCACCUGAGCGCGAUUUCGGCCAUCACGCAGAACCUCAACAGUGACCUCUCGAAGCUGACGUCUCCGACGGCGUUCGCGGGCAGCACGCGGACAUCCCGCGAGAGCUCCCAGUCGCCGCCGGUGCACCCGUUCCAGCACCACUACCAGCAACACCACCACCACCAUCCGUUCCACCAGCAGCCACAUCCGCACCAGCUGGCGUUGGCCGCACUGAACAAUAAUAUCGCGAACGCGCUCCACGACCAGAGUCUCAAGUUCAGCAUCGACAACAUCCUGAAGGCGGACUUUGGGAGACGCAUCACCGACCCGCUGCUGCUGAAACGGAGUGGCCCCAAGGCACCGGAAACGGGCCCGGGUGGGGGCCGAAAAGCGCACGACAAAACCCCGUCGGCAAUCGAUCUGAGCGGCGCCCAGGAACAGCAGCAGCAGCAGUCGCUGGCGCCCCUUUCGGCCGUCAGCAAGGCCUCCUCGUUCUGCCCGCGGAGCAGCAGCAGUCGGGCCAGUUCCGGUUCCGGUUCGGUCAGUUCCGUCGGCAGUGUGGGGAGCGAGGAUGUGAGCCCCAUGUCGCCACUCUCGUCGACCGGUUCGAUGAAGGGCGAUGGCGGAGGGGCCGCGGCGACCUCAACCAGUGGGAGUUCCGGUGGUGGUGGUGGUGGAUCGGCCACCGGUGGUGGAUCCUCGUCCGGCAGCGGCAGCGGCGGGCCGAUGGUGUGGCCGGCCUGGGUGUACUGCACCCGCUACAGUGAUCGUCCCAGCUCAGGCAGAAGUCCACGGACGCGCAAACCAAAGAAAAGCCCGGCGGAGAAAAGCAGCUCGGCCCAGGCCAGCAGUUCCAGUUCGGCGGCUGCGGCAACGGCGGCAGCGGCAGCCCUGGCGGAUGACAAGCGACCCCGGACGGCAUUCAGUGGUCCACAGCUGGCCCGAUUAAAGCACGAGUUUGCGGAGAAUCGCUACCUGACCGAGCGCCGCCGGCAACAGCUCAGCGCCGAACUCGGGCUGAACGAGGCGCAGAUCAAGAUUUGGUUCCAGAACAAGCGGGCCAAGAUCAAGAAGUCGUCCGGCCACAAAAACCCGCUCGCCCUGCAGCUGAUGGCCCAGGGGCUGUACAAUCACUCGACCGUGCCGCUGACCCGCGAGGAAGAGGAACUCCAGGAGAUGCAAGCGGCCGCAGCAGCCGCAGCCGAAUCACGCACCGGAUCCGCAGGACCAGCGGCUGCUGCCGCGGCUGCGGCUGCCGCAGCAUCGGCGGCCAAUGCGUAA